UUCAAACCAAGCGUUUAAUGGGUCACUAAGCGGUCUCUGAGAUAACUCCAUCAAACCGGACUUGGCCACUCAGUGCGCACCAGGUUGUCAACUACAGUGGAAUUUCUCCUUAUUCGUUCUCGACCUGUGAUUUUAGCACUUUACUAAUAUGUAGUAAAUGCUAUGAAACAAUUAUCCCUUGAUAUUCUCCAAAGUGAAUUUUCGCUAUAAAAACGUGUAUAUAUUAAAUUAGUAAAACAUGGAGAAGAUUCAUUAUCUAACUUUUUUUGUGGUUGUGUGUGCUGCACUUUUUACCGAUUGUAUGUCAGAUUCAGACGUAAUAAAAUCGAGUAGAGGCCCGAAUCCUGGUCCAACGCCUAUAAAAUCAAGUAGCAAUCUUCGCAACCGAUUCUCAUCACAUUUUCAGAUGUCUGGAGAAGUGAAAGAAGAUACAAAAUCUGUAAAUCGAACGUCGAGUUCUUCUUCUGGCAGUGUUAAAAUUUUGGAGGGUUUGUCAAAAACAGCGACAACGAUACUAAAAAGAAACCCGUCCCCUCACAUAUCGAAAUCUGGGAGCAGGGCAAGAGAAGUGGACCAUAUUUCAAAACGGGUGGGAAAUAUGAGACGCGAUGACUAUUCCGACGAGGAAUUAAUCAAUGGAGGCGUCAUUUCGUCGAACUACAACAACAAUUAUGGUCCAGUGCCACCCCCUCCUCCCAUCUACCCAAGUCCAGGACCAAUGCCUAUUUUCCCGAACACUGAGAAACCAACAAUUCAUUACGGCAACUAUGGUGGAGGGAAUAACAACUACAACAUGAAGCCCACAGUGACAAGUUACUACGUUCCAACCGGACAAUCUACUCUGCCUCCAAUUAUAUUUCCACCAGAGCCAGGUCCUACAUUUCCAGAUACAGUGGAACCAGGUCCAGUCGCACCGCCACCUCAACCAGUUGGACCACCGACGCCGAUUUCCCCGAUUAGCACAGUGGUCCCCAUAAUCGGAGGCGGUGGAGGUACUGGAGAAGAGGAGGACUUGCUCCCUCCAGCCCCACCGGAAGAUAUUUUCCCACCGUCACCCCCCGAGAUUGAGAGUGUCGGGAGGAAAUUGUUUAACGCGCUUCCUCUCAAGUCGAAUCCACCUUCAGUUGUCCGAACUCGAAUAACUCCGGUGGGAGCCAGGGUCCACACCACGUCGAGAGAGAGAGAAUCUGGCUCCCACGUCGUCGGGUCUUCUCCAUCUCGACUCCGCGAUGGCGAACAUCAGUCCGACAACAACAAACGAGUGAGGGUCCGACUUAGGGACAAAGUGAAGGAGUCCGUAGAAUCCACAAGCGAUGAGAGGUCUGUCCAUCAAGAAGACCCAAACAUUAUCACUGAUUUCGUUUUCUCUGAUAUCAAAUGCUUCAAAACCCGGACACGAGAGUAUUUUGGUGCAACAAUCCAUAUGAAGAGUGGCUACCACCAACCAUACGUGAGGGACCGUCCUCAAGAUCCCCUCACAUCAAAUGAGUGUCACAUGGAAAAUGUCCCUGGCUCGGAUGACGUCUUUCAUAUGACCGUUACGGACCUUCGAGGGUGUGGAGUAGAGACGUGUGGAGAUUACAUGUGUUUGACAAUGGUAUUCCCUCGAGUCCCUGCGUUAGCACUGGCAGAUGAUGAGGUCACUACAAUAAAGUGUCUCCCACAGAAAAGCACAAUGGCAGACACGAGGACCAUUAGUUUUGCUGGAGACUCUUUGGAUCAGCGUCGAUCUUCCUCCACUGUGGAAGGAGGUGGGAACGAUUUUGCUGCAGAGGUGGGCGUCUUUCGACAAAACCCAGGUUCCGCCAACGGCCUGUUUGUGAAACGUGUCAACUCUGGGGGCGUAGUUCAGCUUGGAGAACCUCUUCAAAUGCGAAGCAUUGUUAGGGGAGGAGAUGGUUGGAAGCACUCAAAGUUAUCCGACGUAAAAGUUUGGCGAAUGCGAGAUACUCCAGGAGGAAAUAUUGACAAUUUGGAUCCUAACGACGCGUCUGAAGUAAUUACACUUGUUGAUAGUCAAGGAUGUCGAAAUGAUGAGUACAAGGUUAUUGCAGAUCGACACCCACUCAAAGACACGAGAAACGACCUCAUUAACCAUUUCAACUUUAAAGCUUUCUUGUUCCGGGGUCAAAGAGCAAACGAGCCAUUAGUUGUGACUGCAAAAGUACACGCUUGCCAAGAUGACGUCGACUGUCUCCCUAAAAGUUGCGGCAUAUCAAGAUCUAAGCGGUCCCCCGUGGAAAUAACCAAUGCCAGUGCCAUCAUCCAUGACUGGGAUUCAAGGAUGGCAAUUCGUGUAGUUGGGCUCAAAGAUCAGUCUUCAUCAUUGACAGAAGAAGAUUUCUCAACUGAAUUUAAUGGAAACCAAGGCCGUUCAAUUUCUAGCCCGAUGAGCUGUGCGGAGAAAAUGGCAACUGCGGGUUUAGGGGGUGGGCUCAUCGUCCUCCUCCUCUGCGGGAUUGGGAUGGCACUUUAUGCAUUUGUUGUGAAGGGAAGAUCAAGCAAAGGCGUGCCACCCAUGUCAACGUCUCCUCCUUAUCUGGAACAUGGACAGCAACAUAAUAUUCAUGCUGCAAACCAAAAUUUCACUUCAAGAUCUAACCCACCGAUGGGAUUUUCAAGAACAAACGGACUCAAUCCACCAAACAACAACAAACCCCUUCCCCCACUGCCCACCACACAGGUGACUACAGAAAAUGAAGUGUUAUCGAAAUCGGACAUAACAAAUGUCGCCAAAAUUCUCCAACACUUUGCAGACAAAAAUAAUCAAAGCAAUGGAUCAGAGCAUACAACGUACGAAUCGAUUGGUAAAAAUUCAUUUGACACGUCCUCUGGAAGAGACGGGGGUGGGACGGGAGGCAAAAAUAAACUCCAGCGAAAAAAGUCAGACGGCGUUUACAUCGUCUAUGUCGACAGCAACAAAAACAAAUCCCACCGUCCCAGAAGUGCACCACCAUCUCUUCGAGGAAAAAAUCGAAAGCACAAGGACAAAUCUAAGAAAAAGGCUGUCACGGAAAUUUUCGACUCGAAUUCUGAAACUCCAUCCCAAACUGAGGACCCAACAGAAGAAUCUGAUGAUUUCUCCCACGAGUCUUCUGGCAGCGAGAGCAGCUUGGGUGGUGACAGGGUGGGAAAAUGUGUAGGAUUUUCGGGACGAAAAACGGUACGGAAUGUCAAGAGUCGAAGUAGCCACCAUCGUAACCAGAAAUCACAAAAGGUGGUGAAAGGGAUUCGACGUCGUCUCAGUUCUCUGUACAAAGAUGGGAAGCAAGGUCUUGGCAUGAUCGGAGGUGGUGGAAGCAAGGGAGGAUCAUUUCCGACGAGGUGGAAAGCUGGGUCCCCUCAACUACCUCCUCCCCCCACAACUGAUGAGACAACUUCGGCUUCUCUGCACCUAUCGUCAGAUUUGGACUCUGCCUAUUAUGGGUCAGAGUUCAAUGACGAAUCAUUCCUCAGAGAAAUGCGCGAUUUAGCUUAUCAGCACAGAAAGUCGAGGAGAUACUGCGAGUCUCGACCUUCCCACGCUCAAGACGGUAACAACAAUAAUUGCAGCAACUUGAGAAGAGUUCAAAUGCAGCUGCAGGGACAGGACGACUCGAAUAAAGUUGUUGGCAGAUCGAGAAUUGAUUUUGGACGUGAAUCGCCUCAACUAGAACUAGGACAGACAAAAGCGGGUCAUUUUGUCACAAGAAAUGACAACUCCACACAAAUCCUUAUCGUCCCAGAGACCCAUAUCUGAUGGGCUUCAGGGGUCUCAGUAUCUAGUUUUUGCAUGUUUCUGGACAAGUUUUCUUCACUAACGGAACGGAUUAUAAAAUUGGUUUUUACGGUUUAUUUUUCAUAUUACUGAAUCGAAAUUUAUGUACUUUGCUCAGCACAAUGGGUCUAACUAUAUAAUGUCUUUUUGUAGAAUACUGUAAUAAAAUGCAUUAAAAAUAAAUAUAUUUUUGCACUUUGAAGAUGCUUAUUUAAAGGUAUCAAAGCAUAAAUCUUGUACAUAUUCGCAAACUCCACCAAAAUAAAAAAUCACUUCCUAUGCACGCCAAUUAAGCGAGAGUCAUUAUUAGGACAAACGAUUAAAUCAUUUGUACGUAUAUUAUGGUAAUGUAUUUAUUCCCAACCGCUUAAACAUUUAAAAACGUUGAAUUUUACGAGAUUUACAAGAUUUAUUUACUACGUAUCUAUACUAUAUGUAUGUAGCAUAUACUUUAUUUAUAUGUAUGUUACAUCAUAACGGCAGUUUAGUAGCUUAUUUCUUGCAGCUUUGGGAAACAUCACUAACUGGUAACCAAACAAAGGGAUAAAUAUCAUAAAUAAUAAAUUACACUAAAUUAUAAAUCAUAAAUUAUAAAAAAAUCAACGGAGUUUAAGGUUUCAU